AUGCCUGCACUCGACCAAAACACAACUAGGCGCCGCGGCGUCGGCACCCGCGGCCUCGACGAGGACCAGGCGCUUGACGGUUACACCCUCAUCGCGCCGCUCACAGGCAAAACCAUCUACCUCAUUGAUAAUGCUGGGAAGACGGUCCAUGGGUGGACAGUCCCAUACCGCAUCGGCCGCGCUGCGCGCUUCUUGCCCAACGGCAACAUUGUGGUCGGGUGCAAGGACCCCAACGCGCCUGCACCGUUCCUCUUCUUUGGAAAGUAUGGUGGCGGCAUCUACCUCGAGUUGAACCCGGAGGGCCACAUUGUUCACGAUAACCACCUCCUAUACGCCUCGCUGGAGCCUCUUUCCCUGGACAAGGCCGCCGAACUGCCCGGCGGUGUGCCCGGAACAGAGGCGUUUGAUGGCCACGUCUACUCCGACAUUAUCCGCGAGGUCAAGGAUGGCCAAGUGGUGUGGGAGUGGAAGGUCAGCGAGCAUCUUGAUCCCAAAGUCUUUCCACUGCAGCCCGCCUACCCGCGCGAACACUGGCCGUUAAUCAAUACCGUCUACCCUUUGGAAGAUGGCAACCACAUUCUCGCCUCGCUGCGGUCCGUCUCGGCCGUCAUCAUCAUUGACAAGCGGACCAAAGAGGUAGUGUGGCACCUGGACUCGACGGUGGUCGCGCAGCAGCACUCGGCCAACGAGCUGCCCAAUGGUAACAUCCUUGUCUUCGACAACGGGGCAUUUCGCCACCACGAGAGUCAUCAGUACUCACGCGCACUGGAGGUUGAUCGCAAGACCAAGGAGGUGGUCUGGCAGUGGACUGCAAGGCAAAAGGAAACGUUCUACACCCCGUUCAUGGGAUCGGCGCAACGCCUUCCCAACGGCAACACUCUCCUGUGCGAGGCAGCAUUUGGGCGUCUCAUUGAGGUGACACACAGAGGCGACGUGGUGUGGGAGUUUGUGAAUCCCCACUUUGCCGAGGACCCGGACGAGGCCGCGCGCAAGGUCUGGCCUGGAGAGUCGAAUGCCCUUUUCCGCGCCAGCAAGUAUGGCAAGGACGAGAUUCCAUGGUUGAAGUAG